AUGGGUGACAUCAAGGUUCCGCUGCUCUCAGUUGCCAACUGGNNGGGCGGCAUCUUGCUCCAUCUUCGCGGAAACAUCGAAGGAUUCGCCCACGCCGGUUCCGAGUUCAAAUAUCUCCGCUGUAUCACUGGUCGUCACGAUCUCCCCUUCUACUACAAUGAAGAGGUCGAGAUCCAACGCAGCUUCCUCGACGCCUUCCUCAAGGGCGAAGACAAAGUCGGUUGGGCUACCAAGGGCAAGGUCCCCAUGGUAGACAUGGUCCUCCGCAAGGGAGACGUCGGCUUCAACGACUCCAAAGCAGAGCAAACAUACCCCAGAAGACAAGAGAACGAGUGGCCUAUUGCCAGAACACAAUACACAAACUACUAUCUCACACCCGAGAAGGAGCUCGUCACAUCUACUCCCUCAGGGAAGGCCAAGCUCGGCUACAGAGCUUUGGGCACGCUCGACAAGCCUGAGGUGAUGCAGUUUACUACUCCUGCGUUCGAGAAGGAGACUGAGAUCACUGGUCAUAUCACAGCUCGUCUCAACGUCUCCCUGACUCCUGAUACUACUGGACCUACUCCCACCGACAUCGACCUCUUUGUCACUCUCAGACACAUCUCGCCCGAAGGCAAGGAAGUAUUCUACACAGGAACCGCCGGAGACCCAGUACCGCUCUGCAAGGGCUGGCUUCGUGUUUCCAUGCGCAAGACAAACCCUGAGCACUACAAGCACCGUCCUUACCUUCCCCACAGAGACUACUUCAGCACCGAUAAGCUGCCUGUCCUUCCAGGAGAGGUAUACCCCGUCGACAUUGAAGUCUGGCCCACCAACGUCGUUGUCGACAAGGGCGGCAAAAUCAUCUUCGAGGUUUCGAGUGGUGACACCCAGGGCUCUGGCAUCUUCGGCCACAAUGACUCUGUUGACCGAUCCGAGGAGAAGCUUAAGGGUACAAACUUUGUUCACUUCAGCGACAAGUUUGUCAACUAUGUCACACUUCCCAUCAUUCCUCCCAAGGAAGAGUAG